GUUGACGUCAUUGUCAUGCGCCGCUACCGCUUUGUAUCGGUGAAAAGCCGCGUUCCGGGGCUUCAAAUGAGAUAUAAUUUCUCCGAUUUAAAAUCCGGAUCUACAUUUUGUUAAUUUUCCUGUAAAUAUUCUUGGAAUCUGCUUUAUUAAUUAUCCGUCUCAUCGGCUGACACCCUCAGGCUGAGCGGAGACAGAAGAGGAACAUCUGACAACAAACACAGACUCUGCCUGGACAAGUCACCGCCCGAGUCAGGGAUAGCUAACCCAAAUAAUAGACAUUUCUUUUAACGGUACAGGGGAGAAUAAAUAUGACAACUCUAACAAGGCAGGACCUGAAUUUUGGACAAGUGGUUGCAGACAUCCUGUGUGAGUUCCUGGAGGUCGCCAUUCACCUCAUCCUGUAUGUCCGAGAAGUUUAUCCCUCUGGAAUAUUCCAGAAGAGAAAGAAAUACAACGUACCCGUGCAGAUGUCGUGUCACCCUGAGCUCAAUCAGUAUAUCCAGGAUACACUGCACUGUAUAAAGCCACUCAUUGAGAAGAAUGACGCAGAGAAGGUGGUUGUGGUCAUCAUGGACAAAGAGCAUCAUCCAGUGGAGAGAUUUGUGUUUGAGAUGUCCCAACCUACUCUGCUGUCUAUCAGCUCGGACACUUUACUGUCACAUGUCGAGCAGCUGCUGAGGGCCUUCAUCCUGAAGAUCAGUGUGUGUGAUGCUGUUUUAAAUAAUAACCCACCAGGGUGUUCUUUUUCAGUAUUGGUGCAUACUCGAGACGCAGCCACACGUAACAUGGAGAAGGUUCAAGUUAUCAAGGAUUUUCCCUGGAUAGUUGCUGACGAGCAGGAGGUCCACAUGCAGGAACCUCGACUCAUCCCACUGAAGACCAUGACGUCUGACAUAGUCAAAAUGCAGCUCUACGUGGAAGAGAGAGCCCAGAAAACAUAGGUCCUCACCCUGCAGACGCAAAGUGGUGCUACAGCUGCGUUAUCAGCUCUGCAACACACCAUGAGUCUGAACUGUUACGCUGCCACUCAGAGCAGGGAGGGUCAGAGAGAGACAAGUUUCUGUUGAACUCAUGGAAUCAGAAAGAAAACGAUGCAGAAUGUGUUUGAAAGGUGUACAUAACGCUGCAACCAGUGACAAGAGCUGGACCGUCAUCUACCUGUGAUUAAUCACAUGAUUUUCACGUAAACAUGAAUGUUGUUGUCAUUUUCAGAUCAUGUGUUGUAAUUGUUUUGUGUUAAUGCAGAUCUGUAGGUGCACUGUGACACUUAAAUCCCAGGGAAAAUGGACUCUACCAGUUUAACUAUAUUGACUGUAAAUUCAGAUCUAUCACCAGCAAAUGCUACAUACCUCUAGACUUAGUGUAACCCUUUGCUGAUGUAUCCUCUCUGUAAAUAUGAUGUUUGUGUGUCUUUGUUGGAAAUCUGUUUUGGUUUAUGCUUCCUUGAAACUUUUAUUUCUCCUCUGUGAUGUUGGUGAUAUUCUUCAUGUGAAGUAACAAAGAUCUUGUGUUUUCUUUUACAUUUUUCCAACCUGUGUUAACGCUCACAACCAUUAAGUGACAGAUUCAACUCUAAAUGUUGUGACGAAGGAACUGUUUCACCUGUACAGCUUAUACAUUGUAAUUUAGUAUUUAUGAAAUAAAAUUAAAAAAACUUUUUAAGCGCUGGA